UCCGUCGGCGUUCCUGCCCCGCGGAUCGGCUCCGUGGGAAAGGAGCUCCUUCAUUAUCUUAUUCAUGUUAGCUCGAGAGGCGCUGAGGAGCGGGGUGUCGCGACGAGGGGCCCAUUUGAGGGGCACGUUGGGUUUGUAGCUCGCCUGAAGCUCGGGGCGACUUUUCCACAGCUCCAAGGCCUCCUCUUCGUUGCCGUCCACUAUGAGGCCGUUGAAACGACUCUCCACGCCUCCCAUUUGUGUUUCUGCUGUGCUCCCGGUCCUCCUAAAAAGACGACUGUGUCAAUGGUAGAAGGGGGUGUGUCGCGAUCUAACCACGCCCACAACCUGCUGACGCUGCAGUAUUCUUCAACAGGUGUGCGGCUUUCCCUCCUCUCUUUGCCUGGUUCUUCUCGUGUGCGUGUUUGGUCGCCCGCUGGCUACACCACGUCGUCAGCGCAGUGUGUGCCGGCAUGGAACCCUCGACGAGCGCCUCCGUUCGUAGGUUGAAGAAGGAGGUAGCGGAAAUGGCGACAAGCCCACCGCCGAAGUGUUUGGCGUCACCAGUGGGCGACAAUCUGUUUGAAUGGGCAGGCAGUAUAAUGGGUCCCGCUGACUCGGUCUACGAGGGAGGCAAAUUCCUACUAGAAAUGAAAUUCCCGCCCGACUACCCCUUCAAACCCCCACAAAUUCUCUUCAAGACCAGGAUAUACCACUGCAACAUCAACAGUCAGGUGUAAUAGUACGUGUACAACAUUAUACUGCUUGUGAUAGUAUAGUCCAGGAUCUCUGCCCACAGAAUUCUGCAGCGAAAACACAUUGUGAUACAUACCUCUAAAAUUCCCACGAGUUAUAACCCUGAAAGUUUGUGUUAUAGUCCUGAAAUUGCUGUGACCACAUUGAGCAAUAGUGUUGCAUCAUUAGCUUAUAUACCUUCUCAGGAGCUGUGGUUUUCCCCCAAACUAAUUACUAUUAUUAUACACACCUACUAUAUCCUGUCAAUCCCAACUGUUCCAAAGUUGACCUUUAGGUAAAAUGCAGGAACCCAAUAAAGGAAUAGGCCCCCAUUACGGCCAAAAACCACUGGAUGGAGACUGCGUGUGCAUGAGUGAAAUAAUGAUUACGACAACAUGAACGCCUGGGUGAUAUGGUCAGAAGCUCCUCCUGUCCCCUCUUCUUUGCCUACCCCAUCACAUUCUCAAUCGCACACACACACACACACACUCACUCACUCACCCAUCGUGUCCAGGGAAUGGUGUGUCUGGAUAUCCUGCAGGACCAGUGGACUCCAGCCCUCAAUGUUGGCAAAGUCCUCCUAUCCCUAACAUGUCUCCUACAGUCAUGCAACCCCAAUGAUCCACUAGUUGGCAGUAUUGCAGCUCAGUAUCUCAACGACAAAGAAAAACACGAUCAUACCGCCCGACUCUGGACAAAACGCUAUGCCAGAUAGCCAGCUGCCUAUCACUGUCACUUGUAUUCAUGAACUUGUCAUUUCACACAACAUUAUAGUUUUGUGUUGUGCAUGCAAUGCCCAUAUUAUUGUUAUUAACCAUUUUAUGGACUCAUGGAUGAUGAAAAAUGUUUUAUGGCGAUACAGUGGAACCUCAUUAAUACAAACAUU